UUUGUAAACAAGAGAAAACCAUUGACUCAUAAUCACGAUUUUAUUUUGAAAUAUCUUUCAUAAUAUACGUUUCAUUACAAACCUAACCGUGCCAUUAUGGGGUGCAUUAUAGGAGGUCUUGCUGGAACCGCAGCAUGUUGUUGCGGCAGUGCAGCGUGUAGUUUAUGCUGUGCCAGCUGUCCAUCAUGUAAGAAUUCAACAGCAUCAAGAAUUGGAUAUGCCCUGAUGUUAAUAAUUGGAGCUAUUGUUGCUGCAGUUAUGUUAGAUCCUGGACUGCGUGACAAACUAGAUGAUAUUCCAGGAUUGUGUAAGAAUUUUAUAGGACCAGAUAAUUUUGAUAAUUCUGUGUUCAGGAAAGAACAGUGUGACAAUGUCGUGGGAUAUUUGGCUGUAUAUCGAGUCUGCUUUGCAAUGGCGGCCUUCUUUUUCCUCUUUUCCAUCAUUAUGAUAGCGGUUAAAACUUCCAAAGAUCCUAGAUCAGGAAUUCAAAAUGGAUUUUGGUUCUUUAAGAUCCUAAUUAUGGUUGGAUUAUGUGUUGGAGCUUUCUUUAUUCCAAGAGGUGCUUUUGGACAAGCUUGGAUGAUAAUUGGUAUGAUUGGGGGCUUCAUCUUUAUUUUGAUCCAGUUGAUUUUAUUGGUUGACUUCGCUCACGGCUGGGCUGAAUCGUGGGUAGAGAAAUAUGAAGAGAGUGAAAACAAAUGCUACUACUUUGGACUGUUUUUCUUUACGAUUUUCUUCUACAUUGCUGCCAUCGCCAUGGUAACGCUCUUCUACCUAUACUAUGCUAAUAAUGAAGAUUGUAAACUCCACAAAUUCUUUAUCAGUUUUAAUUUGAUAUUGUGUGUUGUUAUCAGCAUUGUUUCAAUCCUACCAAAAAUACAAGAAAACCAACCUCGAUCUGGACUACUACAAGCUUCUCUGAUCUCUUGCUACACCCUGUAUUUGACCUGGACGGCCAUGACUAACAAUCCUAAUAAAUCCUGCAACCCUAGUCUAUCAGAAGUAGUGAACCCAGUCAACUCUACAUCAACUAACACUGGAGACAACAGUAAAUUGGUAGUAUUUGAUUGGCAGGGUAUCGUAGCUAUGCUCAUUUGGUUGUUGGCUGUGCUGUACUCAAGUAUCCGUACAUCAACUAACAGUCAAGUUGGAAAAUUGACCUUAUCUGAAAAAACAAUCCUCCAAACAGACACAGGAACUGAAGGAGAAUCAGCUGAGAAAGGAGGUCAGUCUGUAGUAGAUAAUGAAGAAGAGGGAGUUGCCUAUAGCUACAGUUUCUUCCACUUUAUGUUAUGUUUGGGCUCCCUAUAUCUUAUGAUGACUCUUACCAAUUGGUACAAGCCAAGUUCCGACUUCAGCACUCUCAACUCCAACAUGGCGUCAGUCUGGGUGAAAAUAUCAUCAAGCUGGGUGUGUCUGAUCAUUUAUGGCUGGACACUUGUGGCUCCCGUGAUACUAAGUAACAGAGAAUUCAAUUAAGACUGGAUGAUCAUACAUAAAGUAGAUUUAUUGUUCUGAUACAGGCUAAAACUUCUCUGGAUAAUCAAAUCAAAAUAAAACUCAAUGUAAAGUUCAUUUAAUAAUGAAGACUACAUAGAUUUGAUUGUCCAGACAGAACUCUUAAACCAAGACUCCUUAAGGCUGUGUUUGAUUGUUCAAGCUUGGUUUGAUCAAGUCAAUAUAUGUUUAUACUGUAAUUUUGAAUGACAACAAUCCAACACAGCCUCUCUGUAUAUUGAAGACUUACACUUUGUGAAAUUGGCUUAAAAAUAGCUAAAAGAUCGUCUGCUUUUUUUGUAUAAUAAUUGUAUGUAUAUGUUUGCAUUAUGUAUUAAAAUUUGCACCAAUUUGAAACCAAACCGAACCAAACUUGCUGCUAACAAGGAGGAAAAUAGCACCCAAAAAAAACACCCCUAAAUUUGGGAGACCAUUGUAUUUAGAAAUUGAAAUUUUUGCACCUUUUUCUGUAGAUAUUUAUUGCUUUUGUAAUGAUGUUUUGUUUUUUUUUUGCAUUUCAAUAAUUGUGAUACCAAUUUUUAUAUUUUGCUUAUUUUGUGACAGUUUUUUCUAGUGAAUGUGAACCCUCUUAAUAAGUUGAGCCACUCUAUACACUGUGUCAGUCUCAACUCAUAUUACUUAUCGUCCUGUGCCAUUUAAAACGUCUUUAAUGCAUAGCUCAACUCAGUUACGUCUAAAUUUGAACCACAAUGACUCCAGCUAUCUAAAGCUUGAUCUAAAUCUUUGAAAGAAAUUACAUGUAUAUCUUUAAUUCUUAUUGAAAUAAUAUUCUUCAAUGUAUUGUUACAGUAAAUAAAAUGUUGUUUUUUAC